UUUGCUGCCACAAAAUUUACGAAGCUUUAUAGGAAAUGUCUGACUCUGUAGAGAACGAUUCAUCACAUUCUCAAUCCCAGUUGAUUGAGGUAAGGGUAAAUCAUGUGGGUGUCACAGCCAAACUGCAAUCGCCUUUAAAGAAUUUGCUGCCGCAGUUAAGCAGCUCAACCGAUACGGAGUUCUUCCAGAAGCCAAAAGCACAGUAUAAUCUUUUUGAAAACGAAGUAAUGGCGGACACUUCGAUAACUACAACAACAGCGAUGUCCAGUCCGCGGGGUCCGCUGUAUGAGAUGCAUGCGGAGCCGGAGAAGCAUCUGCCAAAGCUGAAUCGCAUAGAGUUCCAGCGCUACAACAAAAGUAAACGCCCAAGGCUACCGGUGCCGCCGCGCACUCGUCCAAGUAAAAGCAAACAUAGCGGUAGUAAAUCCAAGACGUAUGACGUAAAAUAUAAGAGGGAGCAACGAGUGGGUUUCUUGGAUCGCAUAGUUGCUUCAUUGGACAACAUGUGCAAAUGCCAGCCGCAAAAGGCGCACAGCAUCAUUGACGAUCUGCCGGAGCCGCAAUGGAAUAAGGAAGCUGCCACACGUCAUACUUGCAUUGGCAUUUAUCCUUUCGAGCAUGGAUGCGCGGAUUACUUGAGCACUACGGAUACGCAUCCGAAGAUCAAUGCCAUUGUGCUGGCGGAUCGUGCUACCACCUAUGCCACGCACUUCUGGGCCGAGUUCUUUGGCCUGAUGCACAUAGGAGUUGCAUUCGUUGUAGCUUUUGUCUUGCAGAGCUAUCGCUUCAUACUCUAUUCGUUGAUCAACACGCUUAUCGUGGGACUGCUGCACAUGACCUCGGACUACUUGAUCAAGCCCACCUUGACCGUUAUCUUCAAUGGCUACUUGCAACCGCCCAUGAUAUUUGUAUAUAAUAUCAUGUGCUCCUUGCGUGACAUUCUUGAGCCACUGGCAGAAACUCUGCAUGACUUUAUGAGACCGCUGGCCACGCUGGGAGGCAGCAUACGCUUGAUUCAUGUCAACUAUAGGAAUGUACGUCGCCUAGCUAAGGAUGCAUGAGCCUGACUGAAAUACUAACUAAAUUGUUAACUAAGCUUAUUUGUGGUUAAUAAAAGCAGA